AUGUCUGAACAUAGGCCUUUGCUUAGCUUGAAGAAGACAUUUUUUUAUAGUUUUUUUCCUUCAAAAGCUGAAGAAGAAGCUUGUAGAGUUAACAACACUCCACAUGUUGUAACUCGAGAACUAGUGGAGAUAAGGGACUUAUACCCUGCCCCGAUAGUCGAUCUGCAAAACCCAUGGCAGAUCAAGAAAAGAAUCACCCAUGAUGAGAUCGUUGUAGGAAUGCUGAUGAUUCCAUUUCUCGGGAUGUUUGAGUACAUCCUUCGAUACUGGACUUUGGACAUGGCAAAAUGUUUGGAGGAUGGCUUCAGUGUCUGGGUUGACAUGUGGGAUGUAACUGAUGGGAAUGUCCCUAAGAAGUAUGAAGGUGGAAGGGUUUGGAUAAGAAAGGUGUACAAUGAUGAUUUUUCUAUUUGGUGCAAUGACUUAUUCAACGAUCGCGGAUUGGGCGACGGUGAUGAAAUCGGGAUUUAUUGGGAUCCUAGAUCUGCUAGUUUAGUUUUCAAAUUGCUUUCUUAG